GUUCUGCACCUCCAAGAAGACACGGAGCCCUCUGUGCGGCUUUGGAGCACUCGAAGCUGGGAGGUGGCAGCCGUAGUCGGCCUGGGCGCACCGCGGCCGUCAGGCUCUGAACUAGGUGUGUCGCUGGCCUGGAUGAGCUCCGAGCUGCUGCUCGCCACCGCGUCCCUCCACCUCGUUGAAGUUGCAGUCCGAGGGGGCACCGCAUCGAACGUCGGCGCUGCUCGCCUUGGCGAGGACACUUCAGGCUUCUGGGCCGCGGGCUCCGAGCCGGGCGUCCGCGUCGUAUCACUUCCCGGGCAGGAAGCACGGCGAGUGCUUGAAGUGAGCGUCUGCCCGCGAUCCGCACAACGGCUGGCUGUUCGCCUGGAAGGUUGCAGAGAGGUGCUGGUGUAUGAGCGCCCGACCUGUGGCUUGGCGGGCUGGUCUCAUCGAGAGCUGAGCCCCUGUGGCAUCUUGGCUGCCGAGGGUGCAGCGCCUGCUACUCUUGCCUUCGCAGCACAUGCAGUGCAGCGAAGCGGAUCAGAAGGUUCGCUGCUGGCCGUCUACUGGUGUUUGGACAACGGACAACAUGAGGUGCGAACCUACCCCAUGCACUUCAUCCCGGCGCAGGUCUUGCAGACCAGUACGGCCGCAAACGCCCUCUUCUGA